CUAGGGUUUGGAAUUCCUUAAUCAAGACGAAACGCAUCUGUUGUUUUUUCUCAGUAUAGAAGGUUCUGGAGAUCUGGAUCAGAGGCUGUAAUAGAAGUGGAGGAGGGGAAGUUUAAGGCUGCACUCUAGGGUGGUGGCAGUGACGAUGGCUGAUUUUCGGGAGAAUGGUCGAAGCUCUUCAGAUAGUGACGACGAGGUGUCUGUUUCAUUGGGUGGCGAGGAGGUUGUUGUUGUUGUUGAUGGAGGUCGUAGUGAUAGUGAAUUUGGAAGCAGGGAGGCCGCGGGGAGUUCCAGUACUAACAGAGUUGAUGACUCUUCAGGGACUGUUGACAGGUGCUUCGCUAGAGCGAAUACGUUGCCUGUGGGAAUGUUGUAUGCUGACAACAUAGAAACAACUUUUGACAAAUUAGAGACGUCUCCAAGUCAUCUUAAAUUGGAACGAUCAAAAACUGAGAUGCGUAAAAAACCUAAUAUCCUUGGUGAAGAGGCGAAAAAAAUAUUUGAUGACAAAAUAUCAUCCCAGAAGAAGCUCAAGUUGUUGAACCAAAUAGCUGUGAAUGAUGAUGGAACUGUAGAAUUUGAAGUUCCUGUGGAUGUAAAAACCUCAAAUGCUGAUGUUGCAGCUGAAGUUUUUCAUCAUGAAACUGUUGACGAAGAACCUCUGGAGCCAACAGAACUUCAGUAUAUCCCUCCACUUCAAAUAGUAAUGCUCAUUGUUGGUACGCGGGGUGACGUGCAGCCAUUUGUUGCUAUUGGUAAACGCUUGCAGGAUUUUGGGCAUCGUGUUAGACUGGCAACUCAUGCAAAUUUCAAAGAAUUUGUCCUGACUGCUGGGUUGGAGUUUUAUCCAUUAGGAGGGGAUCCCGUAGUUCUUGCUGGUUACAUGGUCAAGAAUAAGGGCUUCUUGCCAUCUGGACCUUCUGAAAUACCUACUCAGCGCAAGCAAAUAAAGGAAAUCAUAUUAUCUCUACUUCCAGCGUGCAAGGAUCCUGAUAUCGAUUCUGGUAUUCCUUUUAGAGCAGAAGCCAUAAUUGCCAAUCCACCGGCAUACGGACAUACACAUGUGGCAGAAGCACUGGGUAUACCACUCCAUAUAUUUUUCACCAUGCCAUGGACACCAACCAGUGAAUUUCCACAUCCUUUAUCCCGUGUCAAGCAGCAUGCUGGAUAUAGACUGUCAUACCAAAUUGUUGACUCAUUAAUAUGGCUUGGAAUACGAGACAUGAUAAAUGAAUUCCGGAAGAAAAGGCUGAGGUUAAGACCAGUCACAUAUUUAAGUGGUGCCCAAGGGUCUGCUUCUGAUGUGCCCUAUGGAUACAUUUGGAGUCCUCACCUUGUCCCCAAACCGAAAGACUGGGGGCCCAAGAUUGAUGUCGUUGGUUUUUGCUUCCUUGACCUUGCUUCAAAUUAUGUGCCUCCAGAAUCACUAGUGAAAUGGAUUGAAGCGGGUGAUGCGCCUAUCUAUGUCGGAUUUGGUAGCCUUCCUCUUCAAGAGCCAGAGAAAAUGACACAAAUAAUUGUGGAGGCAUUGAAAACGACUGGACAGAGAGGCAUCAUUAAUAAAGGGUGGGGUGGUCUUGGAAACUUGGCAGAACCACCUGAUUUUGUUUGUCUACUAGACAACUGCCCUCAUGACUGGCUAUUCUUGAGGUGCAAAGCAGUGAUUCAUCAUGGGGGUGCUGGAACAACAGCUGCUGGCCUUAAAGCUGCGUGUCCAACCACUGUUGUACCUUUCUUUGGCGACCAACCAUUCUGGGGAGAACGAGUGCAUGCCAGAGGAGUAGGUCCUGCUCCAAUACCAGUUGAUGAGUUCUCACUUAAAAAGUUGGUUGAUGCAAUAAAUUUCAUGCUUGAACCCAAGGUGAAGCAGUCUGCUGUUGAACUUGCCGAGGCCAUGAAAACUGAGGAUGGAGUUGCAGGAGCAGUAAAAGCCUUCCUUAAACAUCUUCCUCCCAGAAAGUCUGAGCCUGAGCCCUCUCCAUCACCACCGGGUUUAUAUGAACAUUCUGUUGUCUCUGUAAAAAGAUGUUUUGGUUGUUCUUAAGUCGCCAGUCAAUGCCAUUGUUCCUUUAUUUAUUUGUAGUGAUUACCAUAUACUAAUAUUUUGUCCUCCCAAAUUUUUUAUGGGUAAAGUGAUCAUAUUGAAAAUGUAAUAUUAUCCUGUAUGAGUCAAUCACAAAUCUUUUUCUAACCAAAAUGUGUAAUCUGAUCCUUACUAUGUGAAAUUAAAUUCUCCAAUCAGAAAGCAGUGUUAAAAAUUAGUCUCA